AGAGAGCUGUCCCGCUGCUGGCACAGGACCCACUGAGAUAAGGGAUGCUGUGGUCUCCCCCCGCAGGUGUGUCCAGGUCACCACAGCACAAUGGACAACACCCCCAUCAUCUGUGACUAUGGCUCUGGCUUCAGUAAGGUGGGCUUUGCAGGAACUCAAGUCCCUCUGGCUGUCUUCCCCACCAUCCUUGGGAAAAUGAAAAAUGCCGGGCUGUCCUGUCCUGCCUGUGUUUUUCAGACCCUGCUAGAGGGGCUGGAAGAAGAAGACUGGUUUAUUGGAGCUGAGGUCCAGAAUAAUAGACCAAAGCUGAACAUACACUACCCCAUCUUCCGGGGAGCUAUCACCAAUUGGGACAAUGUACAGAAGGUUUGGCAUUACUCCUUCUACCACUACCUCCGCAUUGCCCCUGAGCAGCACCCUAUUUUGGUAACAGAUCCACCAUUAGUCACCAAGGAAGCUAGAUCCAAAAUGACUCAGAUCCUAUUUGAAACCUUCAACUUCCCCGCCCUGUACCUGGCUAAUCAAGGAGUCCUCUCCCUUUACGCUUCUGGCAGAACCUCUGGAACAAUUAUUGAAUCUGGAGACGGGAUGACCUACUUUGUGCCCAUCGCUAACGGCUAUCCUUUGCACCUGUCAACCGCCAAGGUGGACACAGCUGGCCAAGACCUGACUAUGUAUCUCAUGAAACUGCUGUCAGACAAUGGGAAUAUGUUAGAAACCACAGUUGACCUUGAGCAUGUCCGAGACCUGAAAGAAAAAUGCUGCUAUGUGGCGCUGGACUACGACAUGGAGAUGUCAAAAACUUCAGAACCCUCCUUCCUGAAGAAAUUCACAUUACCAGAUGGCAAGGAAAUCAGUGUAGGGCAGGAGACUUUCAUGUGCCCAGAGGUGCUCUUCAACCCCAGCCUCGUGGGGAAAAACUACCCAGGGAUCGACAUGCAAGCCCAGCAGAGCAUCACAUCCUGCGAUAAAUCCCACUGGAAGAAUCUUUUCGGUUAUAUCAUACUGUCUGGUGGUACCAGUACCUGUUCAGGCCUACGAUUCCGGCUGCAGAGAGAGAUAGCAAAGCUAGUCUCUCCAGAGCUUUCUGUGAAGGUAGUUACCUCUCCGUAUGCCAAGUAUGGUGCCUGGGUAGGUGCCUCCAUCUUGUGUUCCCUCCCUAUGUUCAAGGACAUGUGGAUCACAAACCAUGAGUAUUUGGAAAUUGGCCCUUCUGUCAUAUGUAGAAGAACCUUCUAAGUGGUGGCUUUCAGGUUCCAUCGCCUGGCCCAACAUCACCAUGCCCAGGCUGAGCCUCAGCCAUACUGAGCAGGGCAUAAUCAAGAAAAGCUCAUAGCAAGGCCCCCUUUCUCCCGAAGGACAGUAAAAGUAUGUGACAAGGGCUGACUCCGCCUGGUGUCUGAGUGUCCCCUGUAGCAUCCCAAUGGAGCAGGUGCUGAUUCUUCUGGUGUAUUGGACAGGAGAAGUCAGCAGUGCUGCAUAACAAGCAACCCCAGUUCCCAGUGCCACAAAGUGUGGUUUGCCAGUCGCCCUGCUGCCUGCACCCUGAAUGACAGGUCAUCACCCUCACUUGGGACCUUCUGGUAUAGCAAACAUCAAGUGCAACAUUGUCACUCAUUGUGAGUCUCGUAGUGCCAUUUUUGUGUUGCUAUAACAGAAUACUUGGGAAUCUAUAGAGAACAAGGGUUUAUUUAGCUCACAGAUUCAGGAACAGGACACUGGCCUCUGUGAAGGUCAUGUUGCCUUAUUAAAGCAUGGUGCAGAGUGCUGUA